AGUUUAGGGUUUAAAGUGGGUAGGUAUAUCAACACCUCCGUUUUCUGCUUCACUCCCUUUCUCUCUCUUUCGUCUCUCUCAUUUUUCCAGCGCUCAACCAUGGCAUUCGUGAAAGCUCAAAAGACAAGAGCUUACUUUAAGCGAUUUCAAGUUAAAUUCAAGAGAAGGCGUGAGGGUAAGACUGAUUAUAGGGCCAGGAAUCGCCUGAUUAAUCAGGACAAGAACAAGUACAAUACUCCCAAGUAUCGUUUCGUUGUGCGAUUUACAAACAAAGACAUAAUUGCACAAAUCAUUUCCGCUAGCAUCACUGGUGACUCAGUUCUUGCUUCGGCGUAUGCCCACGAGCUUCCUCAGUAUGGACUCAAAGUUGGUCUCACAAACUAUGCUGCAGCAUACUGCACUGGCCUUCUUUUGGCUCGAAGGGUCUUGAAGAUGCUUGAAAUGGAUCAAGAGUAUGAAGGAAAUGUUGAGGCAACCGGGGAAGACUUCUCUGUUGAACCAGCAGAGACUAGGAGACCUUUCCGUGCUCUCCUUGAUGUUGGUCUUAUUCGAACUACUACUGGAAACCGUGUUUUUGGGGCACUGAAGGGAGCCCUGGAUGGAGGAAUUGAUAUUCCUCACAGUGACAAGCGAUUUGCUGGGUUUGGCAAGGAUGGCAAGCAACUUGAUGCUGAUGUUCACCGCAAAUAUAUCUAUGGUGGUCACGUUGCUGGCUACAUGAAGACAUUGAUGGAAGAUGAGCCUGAGAAGUACCAGUCACACUUCAGUGAAUAUAUCAAGACAGGAAUUGACGCAGAUGGUCUUGAGGCAUUGUACAAGAAGGUUCAUUCUGCUAUUAGGGCUGACCCUACAGCAAAGAAGUCUCAGAAGGAGGCUCCUAAAGCACACAAGAGGUACAACCUGAAGAAAUUGACUUACGAGCAGAGGAAGGCUAGUUUGAUACAGAGGUUGAAUGCUUUGAACUCGGCAGCUGGAGCUGAUGACGAUGAGGAUUCAGAUGACGAGUGAGGACAACUUGGUCAUAGACAUCUAGAUUUUGUUACACCUUGAAGAAAUUCAAUUUUGUUAGUUGCUUUUACAGGUUGUGAAAUAUUUUUCUUACAAUUGUGUUUUGAUGUAUGGUUUUGCUAUGCCAAACGUUCAACUGUAGCUGGAUCAAUUUUAAGCUGCUACAACUAUAGUUCUAAGCCUUCUAUUUUCCUUUGUCUGUUUACGCUACAUUAGCUAUUGCGGAGUAAAUGAUUAUGCUCAUGAACUAAUACACGAGCUUCAAAAUUGAA